AUGCAUACCUUGCUGCUUUUUGUACUGAGCAGUCCGCUACUGGCAUGCUCCCCAACUACCAUGCAAACAUUGGGUACUACGACGUCGACAGUUGCUCCUCUACGACGCAAACGUAAUUUAGAUGAAGUUAUUGUUACAGUUACAACUAAUAAGAAGUAUGACGAAGCGCAAAACCAGCACCAUCUCAAGGUCGCAGAUGCUAUGUUGGAGGAUAUAGCCAGCAGCCAAGGCAUCCAUUACGACAAUGAUGAUAUUGUACGAGAAAUCAGAAACGAACAUGGGAUGUUUGCAGUUCAGUAUAUCAUUUUUGGAGCAGAUUGUUAUGGAGUGCGGAAUUUUGUUUCUAAAGCCAAGAACACCACAUCACAUUUUGUCUAUGCCACCGUCGACUGUGAAGAAGGCCGAUAUCUGCUCUAA